AUGUUAGCAUAUAUUGGGGUUCAACGACAGUGGGACUACUGGACUGGACCAAGGUCCCCCCAGCACCCGUCCUGCGGGCCAGGGUCCCCUCAGCACCCGUCCUGCGGGGCAGGGUCCCCCCAGCACCCGUCCUGCGGGGCAGGGUCCCCUCAGCACCCGUCCUGCGGGGCAGUGUCCCCUCAGCACCCGUCCUGCGGGGCAGGGUCCCCUCAGCACCCGUCCUGCGGGGCAGUGUCCCCUCAGCACCCGUCCUGCGGGGCACUGUCCCCUCAGCACCCGUCCUGCGGGGCACUGUCCCCUCAGCACCCGUCCAGUGGAGCACUGUCCCCUCAGCACCCGUCCUGCGGGGCAGGGUCCCCUCAGCACCCGUCCUGCGGGGCACUGUCCCCUCAGCACCCGUCCUGCGGGGCAGGGUCCCCUCAGCACCCGUCCAGUGGAGCACUGUCCCCUCAGUACCCGUCCUGCAGGGCAGGGUCCCCUCAGCACCCGUCCUGCGGGGCACUGUCCCCUCAGCACCCGUCCUGCAGGGCACUGUCCCCUCAGCACCCGUCCAGUGGAGCACUGUCCCCCCAGCACCCGUCCUGCGGGGCACUGUCCCCUCAGCAGCCGUCCUGCGGGGCACUGUCCCCUCAGCACCCUCCCGCGGGUCCGCACCUGCGCCCGCCGCCCCUCGCCGCCGGGAGCCGUUGCCGGAGCAACGCGCCGUUGUCGCUGCCGGCGGCGCAGCCGUUGCGGGUGCCGGUGGCUCUGACGGUGUCUGCCGGUGCCGGUGGCUCUGACGGUGCCGGUGCCGGUGGCUCUGCCGGUGCCGGUGGCUCUGCCGGUGCCGUGCCGGCCCCUCUCGCGGCGGGGGAAGGCGGUGGUGCCGUCCCCGGGCCGGCCUUGCCCCUGUCCCGGGAGGACGAGGGGCGCGCGGGUGGGAUGCAAAGGCGCCUCAGGGGGCGGCCGUGCCCCUUUCUCGCCGGGACGUGCCCGGCGCACCCAGGAGGUUACUGCCAGACCCAGAUGGACAAGAGACGGUUACUGCCAGACCCAGAUGGACAAGAGACCGGGAGACCUCUGGGGAGCUCUAGAUUCUCCAGAUGA